AUGGCUGCGGGAACUGUUGAUUUUGCUCAAUUAUUAGUUGGGAUGAUGAGCUCUGAGAAUGAAAUAAGAGAAGUCGCCGAGAAGGAAUAUGAAAAGAUAGCGCUCAAGGACAAAGGACCACUUCUUUUUGGCCAUUAUUCAAAUGUGAAUUACGACAUUGAGUCUCGUUCUAUGGCUCUUGUGCUUCUACGCCGUCUUGUUGCUUCCUCUUAUGAGGAAUUUUUUCGUGAUUCACAAAUCCAGAAGGACCAUUUUCACUCUGAAUUUAUUCGUUAUCUUAGUGCAGAACAACAACCAGUUUUAAAAAAACGUUUAACCGAUAUUUUGGCAGAACUGGCGAGAAAUACGAUUGACGAAAAUACAGGAAAACAAUGUUGGACAGGCGUAAUGCAAUUUCUUGAAUUAUGUGCUACUUCGGAAGAUCCAUCGUUCCGUGAGACUGGAAUGUCUUUGAUUGAGAAUGUUCCAAACAUUUUUGGCUCUGACUCUAUCAAAUAUAUUAAUGACAUAAAGGUUUCUCUAUAA